AGUAAAUAGCCGCCUGGCAGAAGGGCCCAGCUGCCGAGAUCUCUGGCCGCCCAGCGGGCUCAGCAAGGGGCCGCCGGUCUUCCGAACCCCUUCCCAGGAAGGCUGAAAGGCGGAUGAGCAAAUUCUCCAACUGUUAGCCACCAGCGACACAAGGCUUCGGAUCUGGCCUCCGAAUGCGAUACCUGGCAUCUGGUGAGAUUGUUAAGGGGUUCUAUUUUAUCCCCAAACUCUCACAUAUGAGUUACCACCAAAUCUAAACCGCCUAGGCGGUGGCCGCUCUGGUCUUGGCCGCUUUCGGCUGCCUGUUCCCGGCUGUGUUCCUCUUCUAGGGUCCCUUAUCCAGCUCGGUGCCUAGGCCUAAGGAUGCGAGGGCAGGAGCAGAAUUUCAAACUUCUCAAGGGCCCGGGAGAACGAAGAGCUUCUCCGCCUCUUCCAGCCUCCUGCCCAGCCCCGCGGCUCUCUGGUGCUGUGGACCUGCCACCAAAGCCUCCUCGCCAGGAAGGAGGCCUGGUUGAGCUAACGGAGAUAACUCGGAAUAAUUGUUUUUCACACACAACUUCUAGCCCUUCCCCCCAUUUCCUUACCCAACUUUGGGACUGGCAAAGCUCAAGGAGGGAAGGUCAGGCAACUAAAUCCUUGAUCACACUCUCCAGAGUUAAAAUAAUAGUAAUAAUAAUAAGUGAUGAUGAUAACAAUGUCAGAGAGAAGGACAUAAAUCGAGGAAAUAACCGCGCUCUAGCAAAGUGGGCAAAAGACUGAAACCUAUCUUCCUAAAGGUUCAACCCUGCGGGUGAGCCGCGGCCCGGGUUUCUGUCUUGCCUAGCUGUUGCACAGAGCCAGCUGGGAAGCUGCGACGCCGCCAUGGCGGCCUGCUGCCCGCGCUCCCGUCAAUCGCCGGGAGGUGGCGCGCUCUGCUCAGAGGCCAACGCCAACCUUCUCCCUGUUUCUCCCCCGUCUCUCCUUCUCCCCCCCCCUCUCGGAGGCUCGCAUUGAAUCGGCCCUAACGAUUCUCGGAUCGUCAUUAUUUGUAACCAUAGAGCAUGAAUUACCUCUUGAGGUCAUCAGCGAGAAUUUACGACUGGUCAACAAAAGCACGUGAUUCCCUAACGCCCCCCCAUCCCCCUUCCAACCCCCCCCAUAUUUGGCCGCAUACAUAGCAAAACGAAGUACAGUGCAUCGCUAUAAUUCAUUAAUACAUCAUAAAUCGUGAAGCACAGGGUUAUAACGACCACGAUCCACAAAUCAAGCCCUCCAAAAUCACCCAAAUGAGCUCGUACUUUGUAAACUCCUUCUCGGGGCGUUAUCCAAAUGGCCCGGACUAUCAGUUGCUAAAUUAUGGCAGUGGCAGCUCUCUGAGCGGCUCUUACAGGGAUCCCGCUGCCAUGCACACCGGCUCUUACGGCUACAAUUACAAUGGGAUGGAUCUCAGCGUCAACCGCUCCUCGGCCUCCUCCAGCCACUUUGGGGCGGUGGGCGAGAGCUCGCGCGCCUUCCCCGCGUCAGCCCAGGAGCCCCGCUUCAGGCAGGCGACGUCCAGCUGCUCCCUGUCCUCGCCCGAGUCCCUGCCCUGCACCAACGGCGACAGCCACAGCGCCAAGCCCGCUGCUUCGUCCCCUUCCGACCAGGCGACCCCAGCCAGCUCCAGCGCCAAUUUCACCGAAAUAGACGAGGCCAGCGCAUCCUCGGAGCCUGAGGAAGCGGCAAGCCAGCUAAGCAGCCCGAGCCUGGCCCGGGCACAGCCAGAGCCCAUGGCCACCACUACAGCCGCGCCCGAGGGGCAGACUCCACAGAUAUUCCCCUGGAUGAGGAAGCUUCACAUCAGCCACGAUAUGACUGGGCCAGACGGGAAAAGGGCCCGGACCGCGUACACUCGCUACCAGACCCUGGAGCUGGAGAAGGAAUUCCACUUCAAUCGCUACCUGACCAGGCGACGACGCAUCGAGAUCGCCCACGCGCUCUGCCUGUCCGAGCGUCAGAUCAAAAUCUGGUUCCAGAACCGUCGCAUGAAGUGGAAGAAAGACAACAAACUGAAAAGUAUGAGCCUGGCUACAGCCGGCAGCGCCUUCCAACCAUGAGCCCAUCCGGAGGAGCCCUGGGCGGCCCAAGAGCCUGCACCACCCCCAGCCCGACCCUUCCAAUCCUCCCCGCACUGCCGCAGCCCGCUGGGGACCUGUUCCCACGAGCCUGUCUCGCCCCAGCCUUGUAUUACAAUUUUUCGUUUGGUCUUAGGUCUUCCCAUGGCUCCCUCUCUCCUGGACUGGUUAUCUUGUUAUUAUUGUUAAUAAUAAUAAUUAUUAUUAUUAUUUCCCCUCCACGCUCCCCACUUCCCUCGGCUCGCCCCCAAUUGCCAGUGUUUCUGAAUGUCCUCGUGUCUGUGGGUGCACCCCUCCCCCCAGGAAAAAGAAAAAAGAAAAAGAAACUCGCAUGUUUAAUGUGACUUCCCUGCCCCUGUCUGUGUUCUAACUUAUUUAUAAAAGGAUGAGGGCUGUAUUUUGAGUUUCAGCUGGAAACUUCCAUAAGGGGCAGCAGUUGAGGUUGGGUAGUGCUGGGCCCAGCUGAGCUGGCCUGAGAAAUGGAGUCUCUGUGAUUGUGUCUCUUUUCACCCACCUCAUCCUCCUCAGCUCCCACUCCCUAGGCCCAGGUCUCCCAGGGGCUUGUUCCUGGGGUGGGAAGGGGCCAGGGAAGGACCAAAGUGUGGAUGUUGGGGAGGAAAAGAGAGUCCAGCCGGCUGCUGCCUGGUAGGCCACACAAGGCCUCCUCUAGGAGUGUAUGACAUCAGAAAUAACCCUCAGCGUAAAAUGUCUUGUGAUUUUUUUCUCUGUGAAUCUGUGGGUCUGGCUAGAAGGCCCAAAGCUUGUAAAUAUGGGUUAUAGUCUGGGUCAGGCCCAUCACUUCCUUCCUUAUCCAUUUCCAAGACCAUUUGUGCUAAGCAGGUGCUGCUGUGCUACUGCUCCGUGUGGAAUCUGUCUUGGCCAGGCCUGUCUCAGUGGUUAGCUUUUGGUAUGUGUGUAGCUUUCCUUGAAGUCAAAUAAAUGUCUCCCCCACUC